GAGGCCUUCUCGAUUCGUCGUUGCAGUUGCUGGUCGGCUUCGCUGCUUCGCAUGAGUGUAGAAUUUUGCUAGUCUGUUCUCGGCUCCUUCGUAGCUGUUCGACUUUGCUCCUUCGCCGACGUUCCCUUCCUGUUGGAUCGGGAGUUAAGACAUUUUGAUCGGAAGCAACGACGGGAGCUCGCUCGCUGUGAAGGUAUCUUUCUCCCUUUCGCGCGCUUCUUCGGCCACAUCCCGUACAUACGCCGAAAGGAAGGAUUUGGUAAAUCUGGGAUUUACAACGAAAUUGAGUAUUUUUCCGUCAACUGCGGCUUCCAUUUACUGUGAGAUUUGAUUUUGCGUUUUUAGCCGUUUGGUGGGAUUUAGCUCAAAUCCGCCUCAAAUUCGGCCUAAAUCCUGCAUCCAAACAGCCUCUAAAGUUUUAUUCUAGAUCUUUGAAAUUUAAACCAGAGAGAUCUGUAAAACUGCGAACUCCUUACGUCCCUGGUUUCGAUAUACCGAUUGAUACGAAGACGAGCAAGUCGUGAUGCUCCGAUUGAGGGCAUUCCGGCCGUCUGGCGACAAGAUCGUUAAGAUUCAGGUCCACCCUACCCAUCCUUGGCUCGUGACUGCGGAUGACUCUGAUCACGUUUCCGUAUGGAAUUGGGAGCAUAGGCAGGUGAUUUAUGAGCUGAAAGCUGGCGGGGUGGAUGAAAGGCGUUUGGUUGGCGUGAAACUGGAGAAGCUCGCUGAGGGAGAGUCCGAGCCUAGAGGAAAACCCACAGAAGCUAUUCGGGGAGGGAGUGUAAAGCAGGUGAGCUUUUACGAUGAUGAUGUGAGAUUUUGGCAACAUUGGAGAAAUCGAUCUGCUGUUGUUGAGGGUCCAUCUGCAAUUAGUCAAAACUCCCCUGCUUUUAAUUCUCCCACCCCAAGCACUCGAGGAAGGCAUUUUCUUGUCAUAUGUUGUGAAAAUAAAGCUAUAUUUUUGGAUUUGGUGACCAUGCGUGGGCGGGAUGUUCCAAAGCAAGAACUUGACAACAAAUCUCUUCUUUGCAUGGAAUUUCUCUCCAGAUCUGCUGCAGGUGAUAUCCCGCUUGUUGCCUUUGGAGCAUCUGAUGGUGUAAUUAGAGUUCUUUCAAUGAUAACAUGGAAGCUUGUUCGGAGGUAUACGGGUGGUCAUAAAGGAUCAAUAUCAUGUCUGAUGACAUUUAUGGCAUCUUCUGGAGAGGCACUCUUGGUUUCUGGGGCCAGUGAUGGUUUACUUAUAAUAUGGAGCGCAGAUCAUAUUCAUGAUUCACGUGAACUUGUGCCAAAACUCAGCUUAAAGGCACAUGAUGGUGGAGUUGGGGCUGUUGAACUUUCAAGGGUAAUGGGAAGUGGACCACAGCUCAUAACAAUAGGUGCAGAUAAAACCUUGGCAAUUUGGGAUACUAUCUCAUUUAAGGAACUGAGAAGGAUAAAACCUGUUCCAAAACUUGCUUGCCAUAGUGUUGCUUCUUGGUGCCACCCUCGGGCACCAAACCUAGAUAUCCUUACAUGUGUCAAGGAUUCUCACAUUUGGGCUAUUGAACAUCCAACAUAUUCAGCUUUGACUAGGCCACUAUGUGAAUUAUCGUCGCUUAUUCCUCCUCAAGUGCUCACAACAACUAAGAAACUCAGGGUUUAUUGCAUGGUUGCUCAUCCAUUGCAACCACACCUUGUUGCAACUGGAACCAAUAUUGGAGUUAUUCUUUGUGAGCUUGAUGCAAGAUCUCUUCCAGCUGUUGCUCCUCUACCAUCACCUUCAGGAAGUAGAGAACACUCUGCAGUAUAUAUAGUUGAAAGAGAGCUCAAAUUACUUAAUUUUCAGCUUUCCAACACCGCCAAUCCCUCCCUUGGAAGUACAGGCUCCAUAUCUGAAACAGGGAGAUCUAGGGUAGAGUCAACUGAGCCACUUGUUGUUAAGCAGACCAGGAAGCAUAUCAGCACACCUGCACCUCAUGAUUCAUACUCAAUUCUGUCUGUAAGCAGUUCUGGAAAGUAUGUCUCAAUUGUUUGGCCUGAUAUUCCUUCAUUUGCAGUUUACAAGGCUAGUGAUUGGUCCGUGGUUGAUUCAGGGACUGGGAGGCUGUUUGCUUGGGAUAAUUGUCGUGAUAGAUAUGCUCUACUGGAAACUGCUUUGGCUCCAAGAAUGCCGGUCAUACUUAAGGGAGGCUCGUCCAAGAAGGCAAAGGAGGCUCAAGCUGCUGCAGCUGCCGCAGCGGCCGCAGCUGCUAGUGCAGCUUCCUCUGCAACAGUUCAAGUCCGAAUAAUACUGGAUGAUGGUACUUCUCAUGUUUUGACAAGGUCCAUAGAUGGUCGCAAUGAGCCAGUUAUUGGAUUGCAUGGUGGUGCACUGCUUGGAGUUGCUUACCGAACAUCAAGACGAAUUACCCCUUUAGCUGCAGCUGCAAUUUCCACCCAAUCGAUGCCAUUAUCGGGCUUUGGCAGUUCUUCUUUCGCUACAACUGAUGAUUUGAAGCAGGUAGGUGCUGAAGCAGCACCUCAGAAUUUCCAGUUAUACAGCUGGGAAACUUUUCAAUCUGUGAGUGGUCUACUUUCACAACCAGAAUGGUCAGCAUGGGAUCAAACAGUUGAGUAUUGUGCUUUUGCAUACCAGCAAUACAUUGUCAUAUCUUCUUUGCGUCCUCAGUAUAGGUAUCUUGGAGAUGUUGCAAUUCCAGCUGCCACUGGUGCUGUCUGGCAUCGCAGGCAGCUGUUUGUUGCUACUCCAACAACCAUUGAGUGCGUGUUUGUUGAUGCUGGCAUCGCACCAAUUGAUCUUGAAACUAGAAGGAGAAAAGAAGAAAUGAAAGCCAAAGAAGCCCAAAGUAGAGCAUUGGGUGAGCAUGGUGAGUUGGCACUCAUAACAGUUGAAAGCUCAGAAGUUGCUAUUAAUGAAAGGGUUUCAUUGAGGCCUCCAAUGCUUCAGGUUGUUCGGCUGGCAUCCUUUCAACAUGCUCCCUCAAUACCUCCUUUCAUUACAUUGCCCAAGCAGUCCAAAAUAGAUGGAGAGGAUGCUGUUAAUCAAAAAGAGACAGAAGAAAGAAAAGCAAGUGAGGUUGCCGUAGCAGGUGGUGGUGUAUCUGUGGCUGUAACUCGUUUCCCUCAUGAGCAGAAACGCCCUGUUGGACCUCUUGUUAUUGUAGGUGUAAGAGAUGGAGUCCUUUGGCUUAUUGACAGGUAUAUGUGUGCUCAUGCGUUGGCCCUUAGCCAUCCUGGUAUCCGUUGUCGCUGUCUUGCGGCCUAUGGAGAUGCCGUCAGUGCAGUGAAGUGGGCAAGCCGGCUUGGUCGGGAGCAUCAUGAUGACUUGGCUCAAUUCAUGCUUGGAAUGGGCUAUGCAACUGAAGCUCUUCAUUUACCAGGGAUAUCUAAAAGGUUAGAGUUUGACUUGGCUAUGCAAAGUAAUGACUUAAAAAGAGCAUUGCAAUGUUUAUUAACAAUGAGCAAUAGUAGAGAUGUCGGGCAAGAAAAUGCCACCACAGAUAUAACGGAGAUUCUGAAUCUGACAGCUGCUAAGCAGGAAAACCUUGUGGAUGCUGUUCAAGGAAUUGUUAAGUUUGCAAAGGAAUUCAUGGAUCUCAUCGAUGCUGCAGAUGCUACCGGACAAUCAGAUGUUGCCCGUGAAGCUCUCAAGAGAUUAGCUGCUGCAGGAUCUGUCAAGGGUGCUUUGCAUGGGCAAGUAUUAAGGGGCGUGGCACUGCGGCUUGCAAAUCAUGGAGAGCUGACAAGACUGUCGGGAUUGGUGAAUAAUCUGAUUACAGCUGGCCAUGGGCGUGAAGCAGCAUUUGCUGCUGCAGUUUUAGGAGAUAAUGCACUCAUGGAGAAGGCAUGGCAGGACACCGGUAUGCUUGCAGAGGCAGUCCUUCAUGCACAUGCCCACGGUCGUCCGACACUGAGGAGCCUAGUCCAGUCAUGGAAUGAAAUGCUGCAGAAGGAACUUGAACACAAACGCACCGUCAAAACCGAUGCAGCUGCUGCAUUCUUGGCUUCUCUGGAAGACCCUAAGCUGACUACUCUAGGAGAAGCCCCAAAGAAGCCUCCCAUUGAAAUCCUUCCUCCAGGCAUGGCAUCCUUAUCAGCUCCUCCCCUUACUAUUAAAAAACCUGGCUCUGGCCCCCCUCCACUAAGCCUGAACCAGUCUCAGCCAACUAAGCCAUUGUUGCUCGAAGCACCAUCAACAACAACUCCAACUCCAUCUGUAGCGCCCGGAGAACAGCAAUCCAACUCAGUGUCAACUUCUGACACUCCAAGCAGUUCAGCUGCUCCGAAGGAUGGUACAGAGGCACCACCUCAUGAAAUACCAGAGACUCCGACAGAACUGAGAGAGGGCUCGCAGAUUCCUAAACAGGCAGAUUCUUCAGUGACUCCAGCAGGCACAGAGGUUCCUCAGACCCUCAAAGAUGUUACAGAGACUUCACAUACUCUUAAAGCAGGUAUAGAUACUCCACAACCAACAGCAGAAGCUCCCGUGUCGUUUCCAUCAUCCACUGAGCCAGCUGCAUUAUAGAGAACCUUGUGUAUGUAUACGAUCCUAGUUUUUUUAUGACGUCCAUUCUACUUUUUUUUUGUUUUUCUACGUUUGUGCUGUAAAUUCUUAUUCUUGAAUGCGGUUGCAUUCAAUUUAUGGGAGAGAGGAAUACUUUUCUGAGAGUCUUCAAUGCAACUGCCUUGUAAUAUUUUGUAGGAAACUAUAUUUGUUGUUUUCUACUUAUUGGGCUUCUCAAGGGGUGCA